GCGGCCGUUCCGCGCAGGCGCCGCCCUCCCUCCCGCUGCCGCAGCGCCGAGCCGGGAGAAGAUGGAGAUCGUCAACCAGAUCGUCGCCAGCGGCUCCUUCCGAGUCGCCAAAGAACCCCUGGGCUUCAUCAAGAUCUUGCAGUGGAUCUUCGCCAUCUUUGCGUUUGCGACCUGCAGCACAUAUUCCGGAGAGUUCCGGAUCAGCGUGGAGUGUGCAAAUCGUAACGAGAGCAACCUCAACAUCAGGGUGCAGUUUGAGUACCCCUUCAGGCUGCACCAAGUGUACUUCACCGCUCCGAGCUGCCGGGGCGAACGGCCCCAGCAGUACUUCCUCACUGGCGACUUCUCGUCCGCCGCCGAGUUUUUCGUCACCAUCGCUGUCUUUGCCUUCCUGUACUCGGCUGGAGCUCUCCUCACCUACAUCUUCCUCCAGAACAAGUACCGGCAGGGCAACCGCGGGCCCCUCAUCGACUUUGCCGUAACCUCAGUGUUCACCUUCAUGUGGCUGGUGAGCUCGAGCGCCUGGGCCAAGGCAUUGUCCGACGUGAAGACCGCCACAGACCCCGAGGACGUCCUGGAGCUGGUGCAGGCUUGCGAGAACAAGGAGAACAGCUGCCAGGCUCUCCACGACCCCGUCAUGUCUGGCCUGAACACCUCCGUGAUUUUUGGUUUCCUGAACCUGAUUCUGUGGGGUGGGAAUAUCUGGUUUGUCUUCAAGGAGACGGGCUGGUCGGCGCCCUUCGUCAAGCAGGCCCCUCCGGCUGACCAGAAGCCCCCCGCGGACAGCCGUGACGUCUAUGGGCAGUCCCAGCCAUACAGCCAGGAGGCACCCCACUACGAGCAGGAGGGGUACCAGCCCAACUACGGACAGCAGGGGUACCCGGCACAGCCGGUGAGCGACUACGGGCAGCCAGCUCCCACCUCCUUCUCCAAUCAGAUGUGAAGACCGCCCCCCCCCCCCAUUCCAGCCUUGGGUUGUGGCUCCCGCCAGAAACGUAUAAGCACUCCACCUCUCCUCACACUCACUGCAUCCCUUCCCGCACAUCCUCCGCUCCCCCCCAGGAGGGAUGUAGGCAGGUAUGAGGACUACGGGCAGCCCAACCCCCUCCCACCC